UCGGCGCAGCUCCUCCCUAGUAGCGUAGUAAUGGCGACUCACGGUUCAUGGUGAUGUGAGCGCUUUCUUCUCAUCCAAACGUUUUCCAAUAAGGAAAUAUUUUUGUACUUUUUUAUUUAAAAAUGAUGGACAAUUUCUCGUCGCUCUUCGGCCAGACAGAUUCGUCCGGCCCUCCUGGUUUUGGCCCAGGAAAAGCGACGCAGCCCGUGAGCCAACAGCAGGUCGGGGAAGAUGGGGUUCGUAAACAAGGGGUGAUCAAUGAGCCUUUCUACCUGCUGAGGGAGCUUCCAGCUGGAAAUGAAUUGACUGGAAAUACAAACCUGAUUACAUAUUAUAACUUAGAGCAUGCCUACAACAAGUUCUGUGGUAAGAAAGUGAAAGAGAAACUCAGCAACUUCUUACCAGAGUUACCAGGUAUGAUUGACAUGCCUGGCUCACAAGACAACAGCUCUUUGAGAUCUUUAAUUGAGAAACACCCAAUCUGUGGGAACACCUUUAACCCACUGACAGGGACCUUAUUGACGGGUUUCAGACUUCAUGCAGGACCGCUUCCAGAACAGUAUCGCCUGAUGCACAUACAGCCUCCCAAAAAGAAGACCAAGCACAAGCAGAAGCACAACCGUCCACAGGAUCCUGUGCCACCAGAAACACCAUCUGAUUCAGAUCACAAAAAGAAGAAAAAGAAGAAAGAUGAUGACCCAGAGAGGAAAAAGAAAAAAAAAGAGAAAAAGAAAAAAAAGGUUUGUCUAAGCAUUUUUAUAUCUAAUGCAGUAAUUCUUAUAAAUUUGGAAGAAUCUGCCUGACAUAGCUUGCAGAUCAUAAAUUUAUAAAAGUAAAAGGGGGCAUACAGAUUAAACUCUUAAUCAAGCUUUAACAUAAAAUAAAAUUCUCAAACCGAGUAGUGACAGAGAGACACUUUCACUUCCCGCGACACAGUCAAGUCACGUCAUACUGACAUCCAUUGGAAGCAUGUUCCCAUGAGAUGGUGACCUUGGCAAGGAAAAUAAUAAUCAGCCCGGAACAAAUGGAAUUGAAAACCUUGCAGGUCCAAAUGGGGUCAGAAAUAAAAGACAAAGAGUAAAAGACACGUAGAACUUCAUAAAGACGUUCAAAAACGUUGAUGCCAUACACAUGUAGAGCCGGUUACAGAUUAUGAAAGCAGUGAUAUUUCGAAAGGCUCAAAAAAAACUUGGUGCGAUACACACGCAGAGCAAGUUCAAAAAUAUGACAGUACUACAAUUCGAAAGUGUCAAAAAAACGAGAGUACAGAUCGCAAUCGCGCAAACGGAAAUUCUGACUAAGUGAAAUAAUGGAACAGCAAAAAAA